AUGUCCUCCUCCAGCGCGUUUUUUGACGCUGGGGAAGUUGAUUUUAGGGAAGAUUUGGAGGCGGAUGAUAUUUAUGGCUCCGAAAAUUCCGAAGAGUUUGAGCGACUUUUUGAGAAGAGUAAACAAGCCAAACGGAAUGUGACGCUGCUUUCAACUACACUUCAAACGCUUAUUUUUGAGCAGAAUGAUAUUGGCACAGAGGCUGAAAUUGAGGCCAUUGUAGAGUACGUUUUGGGUGCUGCACCACACGGUUACGGUGGCAGUGUGGAAGCCCGAGAGUUCAGAAGAGAACUUAUUGCAUCAUUUGAGUAUGAAUGGCAUAAAUUUCAGAGGGAGAACCCUAAUGUGUCUCUUUCUCAGGCGAUGCGUAUUUUGCCAUAUCGUUUUAUCCUGCUUCCUAUGGAAAAAACGCAGCUGGAAAUGUUGACCGAGUUGAAUUCAAGAAAAAUGGGUAGCGGGGAAUUGGGUAUAGUUUUGCUUCGUAUUUGGUAUAUAGAUCUUGCGGGUUGUACAUGCUCCACAUUGCGGGGAUUUCCAUUGGAUAUGAAGGCUUCAGAAGCAAUAUUGAUUACCAUGGAACGCUUGUUCUCGAUAACAAAUUUUGACAAUAGUAAACAUCAAGGACUUACACAUGUUUUUAAAGUUCAGGGACGAAGAGAAUACGUGUAUGGGGAUGAGAUAUUAAUUAACUUUCGCUACAUUAGGGAAUGUGUGACACAACAGCUGGAAAUAAAUGUUCUAGUUGAACCACAUGAGAAGACAUUUUUAAAUGAUCCCAUAUUUGUACCUUUGUACUCCUACCCAAGCAAAUUCAGUGGGGAACACUGCGCUAAUAUUUAUGGAGGUGAUACCUCCGAGGACGUCUCUGCGGGAAUGAGUGUUUGGAACAUUCAUGAAAAACUAGGAAUCCAGUUUGAGGGGAGUCUCUGUAAUCUUGUCUUUAGUUUGGAAAGAGCCAAGGAGGAAGGUGUUCGUGCGGGAGAUACACUUUAUCUUGCAAUGCUUGUUGAAGUUUACUACGGUGCUAAAGUGGUUUGUCCACCUCAGAUGACCAAUUGGGUAAUGUGUAACGAAUUAGUUGCUUCAAGUGAGACUAAUAGUUUUUCUUCUGUUAAGUGGGGAAACAAAAACAAAUUAACGUUUGAUAUUCUACUCUCGGAUGCUCCUCGAGAACUCAAACUGUGUAUUACUCUGAUGGCCACUUGUGGGGAACGCCUUGGUGCUGUAACUUCUCUCAGUGCCGAGGAUAUUGUUCAAAAAGCGAAGGAGCGUUUUGGGGUAAGAAAGCCGGAUGAAUAUCAUAUGAGGCCUGUAUUUUUUUUAGGCAUUGCAUCAGUUCAGCUAUUUAAUUACCUGACUUAUAUGCAGACAGGGAAGCUAGAGAUGCGGCUUUGGGGAACAAGAAAAAAGGCCAACCCUAUGUGUCCUAUCCCAAGCAAUCUCAAUAAAAAUGAUAUGGGUGUUUCCUUGGUCUUUCCUACGUUUGAUAAACCAGUGUUGAUUCCGAAUGUCGCACCCCCAACUACCAAAAGGCAUGAUUGGGAACAACAGUUUUUUGCUAGCGAGCUUUGCCUCGAUGAAAAUCUGAGAGAAAGUAACAUUGAGCAAUUAAAGCAGUUAAAACGAAUUCUCGCGAGUGAUCCACUGACAGAGCUCACAGCUAGUGAUAAGGUGCUUCUUUGGAAACAUCGAGAAGAACUUCUUAUGCGUCCAAGAGCACUCUCAAAAUUUCUUCUUGCAGUAAAUUGGCUUCAACCUUACGCUGCAUAUGAGGCUCAUAGUCUUUUAAAACGAUGGACCCCUCCUGAGCCUAUGGAUGUGCUUGAAUUACUAGAUAUACGAUUUGUGGAUCUCGUUGUUCGGGAGUAUGCUGUAAAAUAUCUGAAUGGUAUGACAGAUUAUGAACUUAAAGGGUGUGUUUUACAGUUAGUACAAGUACUUAAACAUGAACCCUAUCAUGAUUCAGCUUUAUUCAGAUUUUUGUUAAAAAGGUCUUUACAAUCGCCAAAUAUGAUUGGGCAUUACGUUUUUUGGUACCUUGUUUCGGAGAUGGGGAAUACAUCGGUUUCUGAACGUUAUGGACUUCUCUUAGAGGAACUGAUUUGUCGCAUGCCGGAACGACGAGGUUAUUUACAUCAAUUAUACGUAGCUGAUCAAUUGUUUGAAAGCGCCAUGCGGGUCAAGGAUGCACCGAAAAAGGAUCGUAUUGACCACCUUCGAGGACAUCUCAAAGGUCUGCGUUUGCCACGUCGUUUUACUCUUCCCUUAAACCCGGCAAUGGAGUGUUGUGGUCUUGAUAUUGGUAAAUGCAAAGUAAUGGAUUCCAAAAAAUCUCCUCUUUGGCUUGUAUUUCGCAACUUUCAAGAAGAAUGUGAACCGUUUUAUGUGAUAUUUAAAGCUGGGGAUGAUUUGCGGCAAGAUGUAUUGACUCUUCAACUUCUUGAAUUGAUGGAUUCACUUUGGAAGUCGUGUGGGUUAUACCUUCAUAUUAUUCCGUAUGGGUGCAUUGCGACUGGGGAGGGCGUUGGAAUGAUUGAGGUUGUUCUUAACAGUGAUACAGUGGCAAACAUAACGCGCAAAUAUGGUGGUGCACAAGCUGCCUUCCGUGAGGAACCGCUCAUGAAUUGGCUAAGACAGUUUAACCGAGAAAGAGAUGAGGUGGAACGGUGUCUCUGUAAUUUUAUUUGCAGUGUUGCUGGAUAUACUGUGGCUACAUAUGUCUUGGGUAUUGGUGAUCGUCACAAUGACAAUAUUAUGCUCCGUCAAGAUGGAACCCUUUUUCAUAUCGAUUUUGGUCAUUUUCUAGGUAACUUUAAGAGAAAAUUUGGCAUUAAGCGAGAGACUGCACCUUUUAUUUUUACCCCAAUGUAUGUCUAUAUGUUGGGAGGGCAGAGUAGUCCUAUUUAUGUAUAUUUUGUAGAUUUGGCAUGUCAUGCCUAUAACGUGGUGAGACGCGUUGGUGGUACACUAAUGACGCUUUUUAUGUUGAUGCUUUCAACCGGUAUACCCGAACUACAGAAUGUGGAAGACAUUAGCUGGUUACGGACUGUUUUGCGUAUUGAUAGUUCAAACGAGGAGGCCAAGGAACAUUACAAGCAGCAAAUAUCCCUGGCUAUGGCUAACUUCCGCGCUCUAUUCAAUGAUUAUAUUCAUAUUGUAACUCAUUAG